AUGGCUAGAAAGUGGAAGUCAAUAACAUCGUCCGCAGCUUCGAAUCUUGGGCCAACAACCUAUUCCAAGCAAGAUUACAGGGCGCGCCUGACACCUAGAUUUAUAACUAUGAGGCCUAUGAAAGCUGGACGUAUCGUCCCCGACCUUGAUGGCGUGGACUCCUAG